CUCACAUUGCGCAUGCUGCUUUUUAUCACACGUAGAAACAAGGCCUGAAAAACACCGCAGAAGCUGAGAUCUUCGCCAUGGCCACUCUAGCAGACGAGCUUCUUCAGGAUUUCGAGGACUCUGGUUCCGAAGCUGAGGACACUCAGCAAGAUCAUGAUCCUCUCGGCCUUCUCGACAAUGCGCCCGAAGUGAACGGUCGCAAAUCCGCCGGGGACAUGGAGAUCGACGGCGACCAAAGCGAAGCUGGGGAUGAGGACGACGAUAUGGGAGGUGUAUCAAAAGGUUCUGUCGAUUCUGCCGAAGAUGCAGAAGAUACUAAAGCCAAGGUUGAGAAGAUGCAACUGGGCGGCGUCGACGACGUCCGCAGUGUCGCUGGCCUUAUGCAGACUCUUGAACCCGUACUAGAGAAAAUCGUACACUACCAGUCACAACCUACUCCAACGCAGCUCGUCGGCAACAUCGAAGACCACCCCGAGUACCACCUCCUCACGCAGUCGAAUAGUCUUUCUACACUCAUCGACAGUGAGAUAGUCCUGGUGCACAAGUACAUCCGAGAUCACUACUCGAUACGGUUUCCAGAGCUUGAAACGCUCAUCACAAACCCGCUGGAAUACGCAAAGGUCGUUGCAAUCUUGGGCAAUGGGCCUUUGGACUCAGAGAACAUCAAAAAACUGCAGCAUGCAACGGAAAAUCCUCUCAAGGCAUCGCUGCGGUCAGUGCUUGAUGGCCCAUCCCUGAUGAUUGUAACGGUGGAAGCCACGACAACAAAGGGACGGGAAAUGUCACAGGAUGAACUGGAGCGCGUGUACAGAGCAUGCGAAAUGGUGAUAUCACUUGACAAGGCGAAGAAGACCCUCACGGAGUACGUCCAGUCACGCAUGAACCUGUUUGCGCCGAACCUGACCGCUUUGAUCGGGUCGUUGACGGCUGCGCAACUAUUGAACGCUGCUGGUGGCCUCACAGGCCUUGCCAAAACGCCCUCGUGCAACAUCCCGGCAUGGGGCUCGAAGAAAGGUGCUGGUGCCGCGGGGAUGGCUACGAACAUCGGUAUCAGACAACAAGGGUUUCUCUACCACUCACCAAUCAUCCAGGGCAUCCCCAACGACCUCAAGAGACAGGCCAUGCGCAUUGUGGCAGCCAAGCUUGUGCUUGCGGCGCGUGUUGACCGCAUACACUCUAGCCCAGACGGCUCAACCGGCGAAGACCUCAAGGAGCAGUGUCUUACACGGCUCGAGAAGCUCACAGAGCCUCCUCCGAACAAGGGCCCACGAGCUCUGCCAGCGCCGGACGACAAGCCGUCCCGCAAACGCGGCGGAAGAAGAGCAAGGAAGGCCAAGGAGGCGACAGCCAUGACAGAGCUACGCAAGGCACAGAACAGGAUGGCAUUUGGCCAUGAGGAAAAGGAGGUCGGCUACGGCACAGGAGAGAGCACCGCAGGCAUGGGCAUGAUCGGCCAGGGCAACGAUGGCAGAAUUCGCAACCUGCAGAUCGACCAGCGCACGAGGGCGAAGCUCAGCCAGAAGAACAAGGGGUGGGGCGGUGCGACGUCCAUGAACGGAGCCGCAUCGUCGCUCAAGGGGUUCGGGCAGUCUGUAAACUCCAACAUUGACCUCCGCGGUAAGGGCCUGAGGACAUCAGGUGUCGGCACGUCGCUGGGCGUGGGAGCGGGCACGGCAUCGUCGCUGGCCUUCACGCCCGUGCAGGGCCUGGAGCUCGUCGACCCCAAGGUCCAGGCUGAACUCAGUCGCAAGCGGAAGGCGGAAGAGGACCGGUGGUUCAAGGGUGGCACAUUUACGCAGGUGGCCGGCUCCUCGUCCAAUGGCGGAGGAGGCUUCAAGAAACCCGAGCUGCCGCCCAGCAAAAAGGUUGAUACCGGUGCAGGCAAGAUGGGGCCUCCGCCCCCGCGAAGCGGCUGAC